AUGUCUGAUGCUCAAUUCGAUGCCGCUUUAGAUCUUCUCAGGAGACUAAAUCCUACUACAUUACAAGAGAACUUGAACAAUUUGAUCGAACUACAACCAAAUUUGGCGCAAGAUCUACUAUCUUCAGUGGACGUUCCCCUAUCCAUCCAAAAGGACCCCGCCGACUCAAACCGUGAGUACUUAUGCUGUGACUAUAAUCGUGAUAUUGAUUCGUUCAGAUCACCCUGGUCCAACACCUAUUUCCCAGAAUUGUCUCCAAAUGAUGUGCAAGACAGUCCCUUCCCCUCAGCUCCUUUAAGAAAAUUGGAGAUAUUGACCAACGACUCUUUUGAUGUUUACAGAGACCUUUACUAUGAAGGUGGUAUCUCAAGUGUGUACCUUUGGGACGUCAAUGAAGAAGAUUUCGAUGGACACGAUUUCGCUGGCGUGGUGCUUUUCAAGAAAAACCAAUCCGAUCAUAGCAAUUGGGACAGUAUCCAUGUUUUUGAAGUUACAAUGUCUCCUUCUUCCUCAGAUGUUUUCAAUUAUAGGGUCACCACUACAAUCAUUUUGCACUUGGACCAAACGAAGAAUAACCAGGAUUCUCAUAUGAUGUUAUCUGGAAACUUGACAAGACAGACGGAGAAGGACAUUGCUGUAGAUAUGUCCCGUCCAUUAGACGUUAUCUUCACAUCACACGUCUCUAAUCUGGGUUCCUUGAUUGAAGAUAUUGAGUCUCAGAUGAGAAACCUGUUGGAAACUGUUUAUUUUGAAAAGACAAGAGAUAUCUUCCACCAAACAAAGAAUACAGCGGUUGCAUCCUCUGCUGAGGAGGCUAAUAAAGACGCCCAUGCAGAGGUAAUUAAGGGUUUACAAUCUUUAUAG